UAAAUUCGCUGCUGGAACAAAAUUGUAAACAAGUUAUAGAAGUACAUAAGAAAUACUUGUAAAAAAGCAUGAAAGCAAAUAUAUGUUUAUACGAAAGUGCAUGUAUAUAGAAGAAACAUACAUACGCUUGUAUACAUUUUGUAUGUAUGUAUUUGAUAUGGAAUUCAUUUAAAAAAAAUGACACUGGGCGAGUUAUUAAACGAGAUACAAACGAAAAGCCAGGGUCACGAAACAGCAACAGCAAUUAAACAAACGCAAAUACAAAUAAAUCAGAACAGCCACAGUAUGGACAACGGGUACAUUGAUAAAGCCAAUAUUAAUGCGAAGCAUCAAAAACAGAACGAUUCAACAAUAUCAUUUCUACGAGCUGCACGGAGCGGUGAUCUGGGCAAGGUUCUGGAAUUCAUAGAUGCUGGUCUAAUCACGGACAUUAACACUUGCAAUGCGAACGGAUUGAAUGCACUGCAUCUGGCUGCCAAGGAUGGCUUCGUAGACAUUUGUGAAGAGCUACUGAAACGUGGCAUUAACGUCGACAGUGCGACCAAAAAGGGCAACACCGCGCUGCAUAUAGCCUCAUUGGCGGGCCAGCAGCAGGUGAUCAAACAGCUAAUCCAGUACAAUGCGAACGUGAAUGUGCAGUCGCUGAACGGCUUUACGCCAUUGUAUAUGGCUGCACAGGAGAACCAUGACGGAUGCUGCCGAUUGCUGCUCAGCAAGGGCGCUAAUCCGUCGCUGGCGACCGAAGACGGCUUCACGCCUCUGGCGGUGGCCAUGCAGCAGGGCCACGACAAGGUGGUCGCGGUGCUACUUGAGAGCGAUGUGCGUGGCAAGGUGCGAUUGCCGGCGUUGCAUAUUGCAGCCAAAAAGAAUGAUGUUAGUGCGGCAACAUUGCUGCUGCAGCACGAUCCGGAUGCUGAUAUUGUAUCGAAAUCUGGCUUCACGCCGCUGCACAUUGCCGCCCAUUAUGGCAAUGUAGACAUUGCCAGCUUGUUGCUGGAACGCGGCGCAGAUGUCAACUACACGGCCAAGCAUAACAUCACGCCGCUGCACGUGGCCUGCAAAUGGGGCAAGGCGGCAGUGUGCAGUCUCUUGCUGUCGCAACAUGCCCGCAUAGAUGCAACAACUCGAGAUGGCCUAACACCGCUGCAUUGUGCAUCGCGCUCCGGUCACGUUGAAGUCAUUCAGCUGCUGCUCUCUCAGAAUGCGCCCAUACUGUCAAAGACAAAGAACGGCUUGUCAGCCCUGCAUAUGUCGGCGCAGGGGGAGCACGACGAAGCGGCACGCCUGCUGCUCGAUCACAAAGCCCCUGUCGAUGAGGUUACCGUUGACUAUUUGACGGCCCUGCAUGUGGCCGCUCACUGUGGCCAUGUGCGUGUGGCUAAGCUGUUGCUCGACUACGGCGCCAAUCCGAACUCGCGUGCCCUCAACGGAUUUACGCCUUUGCACAUUGCCUGCAAGAAGAAUCGCAUCAAGGUUGCCGAAUUGUUGCUUAAGCAUGGCGCCAACAUUCGUGCAACCACGGAAUCCGGCUUGACCCCGUUGCAUGUGGCCAGCUUUAUGGGUUGCAUGAACAUUGUUAUAUACUUGCUGCAACACGACGCCAGUCCCGAUAUGCCCACAGUUCGCGGCGAGACGCCGCUACAUUUGGCUGCGCGUGCAAAUCAGACUGAUAUUAUUCGAAUAUUACUACGCAAUGGAGCUCAAGUCGAUGCGGUUGCUCGCGAGGGUCAGACUCCGCUGCAUGUGGCAGCCCGUCUUGGCAACAUUGACAUUAUAAUGCUGAUGCUUCAGCAUGAAGCCCAGGUGGAUGCCUGCACGAAAGAUAUGUACACGGCUUUGCAUAUUGCUGUCAAGGAGGGCCAGGAGGAAGUCUGCCAGCUGCUCAUCGAGAAUGGCGGCCAGCUGGACGCUGAGACCAAAAAGGGCUUUACACCGCUGCACCUGGCCAGCAAGUAUGGCAAGGUAAAGGUGGCAAAUCUGUUGCUACAAAAAGGUGCCGCCAUCGAUUGUCAGGGUAAAAACGAUGUGACUCCUUUGCACGUGGCCACGCACUACGAUCAUCAGCCUGUAGUCUUGUUGCUGCUGGAGAAGGGCGCCUCGACGCAAAUAAGCGCACGCAAUGGGCAUAGUUCUCUGCAUAUCGCUGCCAAGAAAAAUAACUUGGAAAUUGCGCAGGAGCUACUGCAGCACGGCGCCGAUGUGGGAGCAACAAGUAAAUCUGGAUUUUCCCCCUUGCAUCUGGCUGCGCAGGAGGGACACGUCGAAAUGGUUCAACUACUCUUGGAACAUGGUGUAAAUGCCAAUAGUUCAGCAAAGAACGGCUUGACUCCGCUGCACUUGGCUGCCCAGGAGGGGCAUAUUCAAGUCUCGCAUAUUUUACUCGAACACGGGGCAAACAUUUCAGAGCGUACGAAGGCUGGCUAUACGCCCCUUCACAUUGCUGCCCACUACAAUCAAAUUAAUGAAAUUAAAUUUCUACUGGAAAAUGAUGCCAACAUUGAAAUGACAACAAAUGUUGGCUACACACCGCUCCAUCAGGCGGCACAGCAAGGACAUACAAUGGUAAUCAAUCUACUGCUUCGACACAAGGCAAAUCCCGAUGCAAUUACAAAUAAUGGUCUAACAGCUUUGAAUAUAGCUCACAAUCUGGGCUACAUAACAGCCGUAGAGACACUUAAAGUCGUAACGCAAACAUCCGUAAUUAAUUCAUCGACUAGUGUGCUAGAGGAAAAGUACAAAGUCGUAGCUCCGGAAUUUAUGCACGAAACGCUGCUAUCCGAUUCCGAAGACGAAGGUGGCGACGAAUUUUUAGAUCAUAAUCAAUACAAAUAUAUGGCGACCGACGAUUUAAAAGCCGCCAACGAUCACGAUAACCAAAACUUUGACACCACCAAUCCCGAACACGAUCAAUUGGAUGGACUUGGCGGCCGAACAAUCGAAAGAGAAGUAACCACGACAACUGCAUCAAAUUUGAAUGCAUCUUCUAUGGAACGACAGAGCGAUAAUGUGGUCGUCGUACGACCGCCCGUUCAUCUGGGAUUCCUCGUCUCGUUCCUCGUGGACGCGCGUGGCGGAUCAAUGCGUGGCUGUCGACACAGUGGAGUUCGCAUCAUUGUGCCGCCCAAGGCGUGUGCAGAACCCACGCGUAUAACCUGUCGCUAUGUUAAGCCUCAGAGAGUGGCUAAUCCACCGCCAUUGAUGGAGGGUGAGGCCUUGGUUAGUCGCAUAUUGGAAAUGUCCCCCGUCGAGGGAAAGUUUCUAAGCCCCAUUGUACUAGAGGUGCCGCAUUUUGGAUCGCUGCGCGAGAAGGAGCGGGAAAUUAUCAUAUUACGAUCUGAUAAUGGCGAGAGCUGGCGGGAGCAUAGUGUUUACGAGGACGAAGAGCACUUAGUGGGCGCCUUAAACGAAACGAUCGAUGCCGAUUUAAAUCCACUGGAGGAUCUACACACAAACCGUAUAAUACGUAUUGUGACACAAAAUGUGCCGCAUUUCUUUGCCGUUGUCUCGCGCAUCCGCCAGGAGGUCCAUGCAAUUGGGCCUGAUGGCGGAACCGUUUCAUCUACGGCCGUGCCGCAGGUGCAAUCCAUAUUUCCACCACAUGCAUUGACUAAGAAAAUUCGAGUCGGUCUUCAGGCACAGCCAGUAGACUUGAUUGGCUGUUCCAAGCUGCUUGGUCAGGGUGUUGCAGUCUCGCCCGUUGUCACCGUGGAGCCACGCCGACGCAAGUUUCACAAGGCGAUAACAUUGAGCAUUCCAGCGCCGAAAACAUGCAAUCAAGGCAUGGUCAAUGCACCAUAUAGCGGUACGAAUGGUAACGCCGCGCCCACUUUGAGGCUCUUGUGCUCAAUAACUGGUGGACAGAACCGAGCCAUUUGGGAGGACGUAACUGGUUCGACGCCCUUGGCGUUUGUCAAGGAUAGCGUUAGCUUUACCACAACCGUAUCGGCACGCUUUUGGCUAAUGGAUUGUCGCAAUGUUGCCGACGCUGGACGAAUGGCCACAGAACUUUACACGUAUAUGGCUCAGGUGCCAUUUAUGGUCAAGUUUGUGGUAUUUGCAAAGCAAAUAUCCGCUACAGAAGCAAAGCUAUCCGUGUUCUGUAUGACCGACGAUAAAGAGGACAAAACUCUCGAACAGCAAGAGUAUUUCAGCGAGGUGGCAAAGAGUCGGGACGUCGAGGUAUUGCAGAAUCAAAAUAUAUAUCUUGAGUUUGCUGGCAAUCUGGUGCCCGUAUUGAAAUCGGGCGAGCAACUGAAUACCAAGUUCCAGGCAUUUCGUGAGAAUCGCUUGUCUUUCAUAGUACAUAUCAAGGAUCAAGAGCAGCCGCACGCUCGCCUCUGUUUUAUGAGCGAGCCGAGAGUUGGACCCGGUGAGGCACCAUUGCAGCCAAUCUGUGCACUAAACGUGUCCCUGGCAGCCCACGAGGUUAAUCAGGUGUUUAACCGGUCGAAUGAAAAUGGUAUCGACAAUGGAUAUAAUAUGGAUCACGGCCUGAACUACAAGGAUAUGAUCAAUGCCGGCAUAAAGGCCAGCACAAAAUUGCCAGACAAUACAAUAAUACGGCCAAUUGCCCUCGCAACGGAAGACAUACAGCGCGCUGAUAUCAGAUUAUCGGAUAUAUCGAAUUUGCUGGAAAGUGACUGGCCGCAGCUGGCCAAAGAAUUGGGUGUACCCGAGACCGAUAUCGAGCUAGUCAAAGCUGAGUACGCUGGUCAACCGGCUGCCCAGCAGGGUCUGGUUAUGCUGCGACUCUGGCUAAAACAGGAGGGCUCUCGCGCCACCGGCAAUGCCAUGGCCCAGGUACUAAACAAAAUUGGCCGAGACGAUAUUGUGGAACAGUGCAUCUUUAACUUGGAGCCAGUCACCGAUAAACUGGAGCGCGGCCUGGCCACGGCCAGAUUGCAACAAAAUCAAACCAAUCUCGCCGAUGGCCUUAAUGAAACAUUGAAUAUAGAUCAGCUUAGCUUAGAUGAUGAAUUGUGCCGAAAAGCAUGCCAAUCCCAGAAUGAGACAACAAAUAGGCUCUGCUCGACACCUCCGCCAACUCCGAGUGAGCCGCAAGAAUAUCAGAUUUCCGAAUAUGUGCAUGAAAAUAUCGUGUCAAAAGGCAUUGAGACGGAGGACAAUUUAAUAAAAUCAUUGCACCUAAAAGAUUUGGACAGGAUUCCAGACACAGUUGAGGACACGCUAUUGCAUACACUGGCGGACAAGUGCCAACCGGCCGGCAAUAUAAAUGUUAAAGCAAUUACGUCGCGUAAUUCCGAUUUACAAAGCAAUAUUUCAAACAAAACAAAAGAUUGAACAGUUGAUAUAUCAUGUUUUGGUAUGAUCUAUAUUUAUUUAUUUAUAUGUAUGUACUGUUUAUUUUGUUUGCAACUACAAACGAAGCUCAUGUAGUAUACGAUACAUGUUCAAAUGUAUUAAAAGCAGAUUUAUUUCGACGGACAGGACAACAAUUUCAAUUUUGGUUUUUUGAUUUUAAUAUGGAUUCUAAUUUAAAUAGAAGCCCGAUGAGAUAUCUUCCAAUUUUGUUGCACCAGUAAAAAGUUCGAUGUUGUCUUGCAAUAUUUAUUCAAAGUGUUUAAUAAAUUGUCAUUCGUGUGUGUUUAAAUUACA